CCGCUGAUCUAUCCAUUUAACACCAGCCGCGCUUAGCUCUGUCAGCUCACAUUCUCCCCCAGGCAAAAGCCACUGGACUGCAGCGAGCGACACAUCAGUCAUCACAAGGAUACAAUCCUCUCACUCACAGCGUUUGCCUGAAGGGUGAACUCAAAAAAAGCCAGAAUGCCGGUUCCUUAUCCCGACAUGGAGAAGCUGAAGAGACAAAACAUUUUGGACGCCAGCGCAGAAAUAGAAGGAGAGCAUUUUAACUUGGGGAAGAAGAUUAGCAUUCCUCGAGACGUAAUGAUGGAGGAACUGAAACUGUUGUCGAACAGAGGCUCCAAGAUGUUUCACGAGCGACUGAAGCGAGUUGAAAGGUUCACCCUGGAAAACGCAAACACACCGACUUGUGAUGGCACUACAGGGGCAAAUAAAGGCCCUGGUGAUAAGGAGACCUCCAGUGGCAGUGAGGUGGGCAUCAGCCAGCCUGGGAAGACCAGUCUGGUGAGCACACUGAAGCACACUGUGGCCAGGAAGGGAAACCCUGACGUUCUUGCUCCAGGUUACUCUAGACCGUUGACAGAGGUACCCCACGAGAGAUUCAACAUCACCAUCAUCCCCAAGUCCUACAGCUCACCGUGGCACGAGGAGAAGCGGGACGGCGACACGGUGGUGGCAUCCAUCAGCGCCAACCUCCCCGAGCUGCCAGCCAAGCUCACCCCGGCCAACUACAAAUGCUUCAACAGGGCUCCGACGCCAUUUGAAGGGACGGCGGGCAGUGUGAGGACCUUCUCAUUGCCGGGGUUCGAGCUCGAUCAGGCCUACACAGAGCCAAGUAUGACCUGGGAGCGGAUGUGCGCCCGGCCCAACUUUAACCGCCGGCCCCAGGGAUGGGUCAGCCGGUACAUCCCCGAGUCCGAGGACCUCUGAGGAUGCAGAGAAGACUGGGGGAGCUGGACUGGGCUGGACCGGGCAGCAGUGACUUGAUUGACUGACACUGACUGCACUGGCUUACGGAGCAUAGAAGAGGAUUACAACAGGCAACACGGCAGCUGAUUUAAAGCAUCUACCUGAACGCUGAAUGUAAAAACUGCACUGUGUGGUUUUUAAUAUUAGGUGACAGUAAAGAGCAGAUCGAGCAGGAUCUGAACUAACAGAAAAUACCACUUUCUUAUUUGAAGGAAAAUGCAGAUCACUAUUUGAAAGUGAAGUCACAAAAUGAAAGGGUUUAAUAAAUGUUAUCACAUUACAAAAUUGUUUUAAAACAAUACACAGAUGUAUGGAAAUAUCACAAAACGGUUUGAAUUGGUCCAAAUAGGACGGCACACACACUACAAUUGGACAGGCAGUGACGGCUGACUCCUCUUCAUCCGUUCUGUAACAGUUCUGACUUUGAAAUUCUACAUUAGACUGACACGGUCUCCACCUUGUGGAGAAUAAUAGUUACUACACCCAAGUUAUGCUACAGAGUCAGGCCAAAUAUACACAUCACUUUGAACACGCAACCUCCAGAAGGUCACAGUUUACCAUAGCAGGCUGAAUUUAAAGUGGAAAAGUUGUCUGGUUGUAACGUGUAGAAAUAAAAAGCACACCUCAUCUGAAUUCUCUUAGUUACUUAUACAUUCACAUACCUCCCCCUCUCCUCGCAGUCAGACAAGCAUCACAGUGGAAUAAACACUAUCAGAUCAUGGCAGAAGGAAUCAUACAAGUAAGGAACUGGUUCAUGGUCAUAUCCAACACUCUGAGUGGAAAUACAAAGAAACAAUACAAGCAAAAAAAACAAAUAAAA